AUGUGUUGUGUGUUUGAACUCGCAUGCGAAGGGUGUUGCGAAUGGUGUUGCGAAGGAAAAAGGGAAAGAGGGGAAACCCAACGACAGCGACGCACCCGUAUUAGCAGCCUUACCCUACCUGAACCAGCACCCAGCACCCGUGUCAACCAGCACCCGCUCGCAGCACCCGCUAUCAGCACCCGCUAUCAGCAGCCGCUAUCAGCACCCGCUAUCAGCACCCGCUCGCAGCACCCGUGUCACCCAGCACCCGCUCUCAACACCCGCUCGCAGCACCCGCUCGCAGCACAGGUGUCACCCAGCACCCGCUCGCAGCACCCGCUCGCAGCACCCAUGUCACCCAGCACCCGCUAUCAGCACCCGCUCGCAGCACUCGUGUCACCCAACACCCGCUCGCAACACCCGCUCGCAGCACCCGCUCGCAACACCCGUAUCACCCAGCACCCGCUCGCAGCACCCGCUCGCAGCACCGGUGUCACCCAGCACCCGCUAGCAGCACCCGCUUCCAGUACCCGCGUCACCCCAUCACCCGCUCCAAGCACCCUGGAACGCUCCAAUGUCCAUCGCUACCUCCCAAGAAUCGUCCAAUGUCAAUCGCUACCCUCACCCGAUAUCACCAAUGACAGAACCAUGCGGAGUAAUAAUAGUAAUAUAAUGCUAUGUACAUAUGUCUGCACCCGCGCCCGCACCCGCGCCUACCACCUCCCAGCGCCUGAUUCCUGCCUGCGCCUGCACCCCUACUUACGCCUGCACCAGUGGUCGAAACGGUGA